GAUUGUCAAAUCAAUCUGCUCAAAGGUGUCGUGCUCAGCACAUUGUUCCUGUUGUCUGCUCGUCACUAUGAUGUGGAAAAGGAUGUUUGGCUUACACCGAAAGGUGAAGUUUCUACUCAAAUUCUCAAAGUGGCGACAGGGACAACCAAUUUUUAUGAGGAACAUACCAAGUAUUGCAGAGACUUCAAUGCGCUGGUCGCUCAAGAUUCAAAUUUGGUUGCUUUGAUGCAGGCCCUGUGCUUGUUCACCCCGGAUCGUCCAUCUUUGGAUGCUCGGCAAACGGUAGCGAACGUUCAUGACCGUUAUUAUCUUCUACUGAAACACUACUUGGAGGCCAAAGUUGGCUUUACUCAAGGUCGGGCUCUCCUCACUGCUGUACUAGGCAAUUUAGGUCAACUGGAAACUCUUACGAUGAAUUAUGGACAUAUGCUGAUGCAACUUGACCCGACGAAAGUCGAUCCCCUCCUGAUGGAGAUAUUCAACCUAACACCCGACUCCUCUAAUUCUCACUCUCUACAAAUUCCCUGA